AUGUACUAUUCAGAAGAAUUAAGUCUACCUAAAACGGACACAUCGAGAUGGAGAUUAAGAACAGACCAAGUAGGCAGGGAAACAUGGCACUACAUUACUGAUGAAAAAGAACUAGCCCAUGAACCUCAAUCAAAUUUUGUGAAGUGGUUGUUAAAAAGUGAUGAUUUUCCCGAACCUAAAUCUGAAUCUCUUGAAACACCGAGACAAGCAAUGGAGAAAGGAGCUGAUUUUUUGAAAUUACUACAAUUAGAAAAUGGAAUUUUUCCCUGUCAAUACAAAGGACCGAUGUUUAUGACAAUUGGGUAUGUCGCAGCCAAUUAUUAUUCUCAACAAUCAAUACCACUUCCCUUUAAACAAGAAAUGAUUAGAUAUAUUGUGAACACAGCAAAUCCAAUAGAUGGUGGUUGGGGAUUACAUUCUGUUGAUAAAUCCACGUGCUUUGGAACGACUAUGAAUUAUGUUUGUUUAAGAUUAUUGGGUUUACCAAAGGAUCAUCCAGUGAUAUUAAAAGCUAAAAAGACAUUGCAUAAAUUAGGUGGUGCUUUAAAAAAUCCUCAUUGGGGAAAAGCUUGGUUAUCUGUGCUAAAUCUUUAUGAAUGGGAUGGUGUAAACCCCGCACCUCCAGAGUUAUGGGCGUUACCGUAUUCUAUACCAAUACAUCCAGGUAGAUGGUGGGUUCAUACCAGAGCUAUAUAUUUACCAUUGGGGUAUUUACUGGCUAAUCAAGUUCAAUGCAAAUUGGAUCCACUUUUAGAGGAGAUAAGAAAUGAAAUAUAUUUACCAAGUCAAUUACCUUAUGAUUCAAUUAAAUUCAAAUCAAAUAGAAAUAAUGUGUGUGGGAUCGAUUUGUAUUACCCCCACACUAAAGUUUUGGAUUUUGCAAAUUAUUUUUUGAGUGGUUGGGAAAAAAUAAGACCCAAUUGGUUAUUGAAAUGGAUUAAUUCUAAAACUUAUAAAUUAAUUGAAAAGGAGUAUCAAAACACAGAUUAUUUAUGUAUUGCUCCUGUAAGUUUUGCAUUCAAUAUGGUUGUUACAUGUUACCAUGAAGGACCACGAUCCAAAACUUUUAAAAAUUUAGCUGGUAGGAUGAAUGACGUUUUAUUUCAUGGACCACAAGGGAUGACUGUCAUGGGAACUAAUGGUGUUCAAGUCUGGGACGCCGCUUUCAUGGUUCAAUAUUUUUUCAUGACGGGAUUAGUUGACAAUCCUAAAUAUCAAGAUAUGAUAAGAAAAUCAUAUUUGUUUUUGGUUAGAUCCCAAUUCACAGAAGAUUGUGUUGAAGGCAGUUUUAGAGAUAAGAGGAAAGGAGCUUGGCCAUUUAGUACAAAAGAUCAAGGGUAUACCGUCAGUGAUUGUACUGCAGAAGCAAUGAAAGCUAUAAUAAUGGUACGAAAUGAUGAAAGAUUCUCUGAUAUUAAGGAUGAAAUCAAAGAUGAAAACCUAUACGACGCAGUCAAUGUACUAUUACAGAUCCAAAAUGUUGGUGAUUGGGAAUUUGGUUCAUUUUCAACUUAUGAAGGUAUUAAAUCAACUUUGUUAUUAGAAAAGUUAAACCCAGCUGAAGUAUUUAAUAAUAUUAUGGUCGAAUAUCCUUACGUGGAAUGUACCGACUCAUCAGUCUUAGGCUUAACCUACUUCCAGAAAUACUACCCAAACUAUAAAACCGAAACAAUCAAUAAAACGAUUUCAAGUGCAAUACAAUACAUCAUUCAAGCUCAAGAUAAGAUUGAUGGAUCGUGGUAUGGAUGCUGGGGUAUAUGCUAUACAUACGCAUCAAUGUUUGCUUUAGAAGCCUUAGCCAGUGUAGGUCAAACUUAUGGUAAUUCAGAAUCAGUCAAACGAGGUUGUGAUUUUCUUAUCUCCAAACAACUUGAAGAUGGUGGAUGGUCAGAAUCUAUGAGAUCUUGUGAAACCCAUACAUAUGUAAAUGGUGAAAAAUCAUUAGUUGUUCAGACUGCUUGGUCUUUAAUUGGUCUUAUUCUAGCCGACUACCCGAACGUUGAACCUAUAAAAAAAGGAAUAAAGUUACUUAUGGAAAGACAAUUACCGACAGGAGAAUGGUUAUAUGAAGAUAUCGAAGGAGUCUUUAAUCAUAGUUGUGCCAUUGAAUACCCUUCAUAUAGGUUCUUGUUCACAAUUAAAGCGCUAGGAUUGUAUAUAAAGAAAUUUGGGAAUAAAGUUUAA